CAAGCAUCUUUGCACAUAAUAAAGGGGCCUUUCGCUCGCUCCUACUCUCGCCCUUCCUCUCCGCAUAUUCCACAUGGUCCAUGGCGAUUCUAAGACGACGUGCAAGGUAGCAGAAACCCAUCGAUCCGCUCCGUAAAAUGUCCGGCCGCUACUCCACCCUCCCGCCUGCCCCCACCCGCGACUCGCUGGAGCUUGCCUCCCUGGCCUCGUCGUCACACCUUUCCCGGCGCACCUCGAUAUCCUCGUCCACCUCUGGGCCUCCCUCGUCGCGGCGGCUCUCCUUCGACGACGAGGACCCCCUUUCCGAACUCAAUCCCGCCGGCCGCGGCGACGACUCCCGCCCACAGCGACACAACCGCUCCUACAGCGUAUCCUCCGCCUUCGAUUUCGCGCCGAACCUGUUUCCGCUCUCGAGCACCGCGCAGGGAUACACGGCGUUGGGUACUCCUAGCAACCCCAACCUCGAUCCGAGUAGUGCGUUGAACGGGGCCGGUCUGGAGAAAAAUAAGACCUUGACGUAUUUGAACGGCCUGUCGCUAGUCGUGGGCCUUAUCAUAGGAAGCGGGAUAUUCUCCUCGCCCUCCCAAGUCAACAAGAAUGCCGGGUCGCCGGGCGCGUCGCUACUCGUGUGGCUGGUUGCGGGGAUUCUCGCGUGGACGGGUGCGGCGAGCUAUGCGGAGCUCGGGGGAUCCAUACCCUUGAACGGCGGCGCGCAGGUCUACCUGUCCAAGAUAUUUGGGGAAUGGGCCGGAUUUCUGUUUACCUGGUGUGCAGUUUGCGUGCUGAAACCUGGCUCCGCGGCUAUCAUUGCCAUCAUCUUCGGCGAAUAUCUCGUGCGCGCUAUUAUCGGAGCUGAUGCGGCAGAGGCAAGUGCUUGGCUGAAUAAGGCUGUGGCACUUAUCGCGUUAGUGCUCGUGACCUUCCUAAAUUGCAUAUCCACGAAACUUGGGACGAGAAGCGCCGAUGUCUUUAUGUUCUUGAAAUUCGUUGCGUUGAUCGGUGUCACCGUCAUCGGCAUCGUGGUUGCUGUGACAGGCUUCUCAUACAAAGGCCACGCGAGCGAAGACUGGAAAAAGCAGGGCUGGUUCGAAGGCACAACCACAGACAUCAGCAGCUGGGCCGUAGCACUCUACGCCGGACUCUGGGCCUUCGAUGGCUGGGACAAUGUAAACUACGUAACCGCCGAAUUCAAGCACCCAACACGGGAUCUCCCACGCGUAAUCCACACCUCCCUCCCCCUUGUAAUCCUCUUCUACCUCCUCGCCAACGUAUCCUACUUCCUCGUUCUCCCUGCCUCUAUAAUCGAAUCCUCCAACACUGUAGCCGUGGCAUUCGGCUCGCAAGUCUUCGGCCCCAUCGGCUCCCUCAUCCUUGCUCUCUUCGUCUCCGGCUCCUGUUUCGGCGCGCUAAAUGCCACAACCUUCACCUCUGGCCGCCUCGUCUACGCCGCGGGCCAAGAAGGCUAUCUCCCCUCUCUCUUCGCCACCAUCGGCCUCGGGAAAUCCCAUCGCGCCAUUCGCCUCCACACUCUCAAUACUACGCCCUCGAAAUCCCGGAUAAAGCGCUUCGUAAUAACCGCCUUCGCCGACCCGGACGCAGGAUUCUUCUUCACCCCUAUCUCGGCCAUGUCGCUCAACGCCGUCCUUACCUCCAUCUACGUCCUCAUCGGCUCCUUCUCUACCCUGGUAACCUUCUACGGCGUCGCGGGGUAUAGCUUUUACUUUCUGACUGUGCUGGGCCUUAUUAUCCUGAGAGUUAAAGAGCCUACAUUGGAGAGACCGUAUAAGACGUGGAUUACGACGCCGAUUAUUUUCUGCUGUGUGAGUUUGUUUUUGCUCAGUAGGGCAGUGUUUGCAGAGCCAGUGCAGACAUUGUUGGUCGUGGGGUUUAUGGCGGUGGGUUUGGUGGUUUGGUUUGCGUGGGUGGGGAGGAGGAGAGGGGAGGAGAAGAGGAGGUUUAGGGGUGAAGAAGGGGUGGGGGAUGAUAAGGUGGGGUGGAGGUUUUGGAGACGGUGGCGGUGGGGGAGAUUGUAUUCUAUGAUGUGA